GUUAGUUGUACGCAGUAGUCUUAGUUGUCGUAGUAGGCACUUGACCAGAUGUAGCAUUCUCUGCAAGUGACUAGGUUUCACAUAGUCUAAUUAUCUCUCUUUGUAGCAUACUCACUUCCCAACACAAGUGAAGGACCUUACUAAAAAGAUCAGGACAGUUCUGAUGGCGACGGCACAGAUGAAAGAACAUGAGAAUGAUCCCGAGAUGCUGGUUGAUUUACAGUACAGUUUAGCUAAGUCCUAUGCAAGUACACCAGAACUUAGAAAAACAUGGUUAGAAAGUAUGGCCAGGAUACAUGAAAAGAAUAGAGACUUUUCCGAGGCAGCUUAUUGUUACAUCCAUGUGGCAGCACUGGUUGCAGAAUACCUAAAAAGGAAAGAUAUCUUCAAAAGAGGUUGUACAGCAUUUAGGCUGAUAUCACCUAAUGUGGAAUCUGAAGAACAGGGGAUCAAAGAUGACAAAGGAAUGCAUGAUGUCCAGUACACAGAGGACCAUUUGAUUGCGUUACUGGAGCAGUGUGCAGAGUAUUUGGAGAAAUCAGAGCGAUAUGAAAUCAUGGGUGAAUUGUAUCGCCUGAUUAUACCAUUCUAUGAGAAGGAAAGAGACUUUCAGAGGUUAGCUGAAGCCUACUCUACGUUACAUCGGGUACAUGACAAGGUGGUUGAAGUCAUGCAGAGUGGACGACGGUUACUUGGUUCUUAUUUUAGAAUUGCAUUCUUUGGACAGCAAUACUUUGAAGAGGAAGAUGGCAAGGAAUACAUUUACAAAGAGCCUAAAGUGACCUCAUUAGCUGAAAUAUCUACAAGAUUACAAAAGAUGUAUGGAGAAAAGUUUGGACCUGAAAAUGUAAAAUUAAUGAAGAGUUCAGAUGUUGUGGACCCAAAGGAUUUGGAUAGUAAAUAUGCAUAUAUUCAGGUUACAUAUGUUACGGUGUACUUUGAUGAGAAGGAGUUAAGAGAUAGACAAACUGAUUUUGAAAAGAAUAAUAAUGUUAGGAGGUUUAUGUUUGAGACUCCAUUUACACGUGGAGGAAAGUCACAUGGUUCAAUAGAGGAACAGUUUAAAAGAAGAACCAUUUUAACAGCUUCCCAUGCAUUCCCCUACGUCAAGAAACGUAUCUUAGUCGUAUACCAGAUUCACCAGGAGUUAACGCCCAUAGAGGUAGCUAUAGAUGAAAUGAGAAAGAAAGUAUGUGAAAUGAAUGAAAUCCUGUCGUUAGAUGCACCAGACAUGAAACGGUUACAGCUGAAAUUACAAGGUUCUGUGAGCACACAGGUGAAUGCUGGACCAUUAGCAUAUGCAUCUGCCUUCCUGGAAGGAAACAUAUCGCAAUAUGAUUCAAUGAAAGUCAGGGAACUCAAAGAAAUCUUCAGGCAAUUUGUAAAAGCAUGUGGUGAAUUGCUGGAAAUCAACGCCAAACUCAUUAAAUCAGACCAGUUACAUUAUCACGAUGACAUGAAACAGAAAUACAAACAGAUGGUGUUAAAGUUAUCCGAGAUUCUCAGCGAGGAGUUGGUUCCUGGUCUGGAAACUGAGAAGAGUCGACCUACUUCACUUGUGAAUCGCUCAUCAAUGAAUCUGUUCACUGCUAUCAGUGGACAAUCUAAUGCCUAGUGUAGUAUUACUAUUAUUUAAGAAAGUGAUGCACAAUGGUAGUUAAUAAAUGAAGCUGUAUAAAUACUGGAUAUAGAUUAGUAUUAUCUAAUAACACAUUCAUUUUUAAAUUAAAUUGGCUUGUUGAAAUUUGAAAAUAUGUCUGUACACUACAGCUGAAAGUUGUUAGCUGGCAGUCACUCGAUUGGUUACUCCUUGAACAGCGAAGUCAUUUUUUUAAAUACAUUUUUAUUUAGAUAUUUUAUUGUAACAUAGUAUAGUUGUUUUCAUUUCUUAUUUUAUAUUAAUUUUAUGAAAUUUUUGUAUUUAUGUUUUUGCUUUUGUUUACAGAAUCCAGUUAUGUGCACCACUAAGGUGACUUGUAUAAAAAUCUUAAUAUCGCUAAAAUGACUGCCUAUAAUUGCAAUAUUCACUGAGUUUUAAUAACGGUGCUAUUUAAAUUGUAUAAAAUUAGAUGAUAUUUUACUAUGUCUAUGAUAUGUCUAAUAUUAAUACCACUGCUUACAACUGGUGGGGUUAGGAGAGCUGGGAGGAGGACAGGUGUGACAUGCUACAUCCCCCCCCCCCCAACUCCAUGAUGUAAACAAUAGUCUCCCAAAGUUUAACGUAGGAUGUAACGGGCUUUUACUCAAAUCUCUAUCUGUCAACAAAAUUUACUAGAUUUAGCCCAGUAUGUCGAUGUCAUCCUAGUGACUAUGGCGAUUACUGUUAUCUUUGUAUAUUCUAUGCAAAAUGCA